UAACUUGGUUUGUCAUUUGCAGUUGAGCAAACUUCCAGUAAAAUCCUUCAGCCGCAAAAUGUUCAGCAAUUCUAAAAUGCCGAGAGAACUGUGCAUGGCAGAGAUUGAAGUAGGGGGAAAACCGUUGAUUGUAGCCACAAGCCAUCUUGAGAGCACCUACCCUGCCCCUCCAAAAUGGGAUCAGAUGUACAGUGAGGAACGUGUGGCUCAAGCAAAGGAGGCCCUUAACCUUCUUGAGAAAUAUCUAAAUGUGGUUUUUGGUGGUGACAUGAAUUGGAAUGACGAUUUGGAUGAGCAGUUUCCUUUAUCUGAUGGAUGGCUUGAUUCCUGGGCAGAGUUAAGGCCCGGAGAAAAGGGAUGGACAUAUGAUACCGGGUCCAAUCUGAUGUUGUCUGCUAACCGGCCUUUGCAAAAGCGGUUAGAUUGAUUCGUUUUCGAUUUGCAUGA